GAAGAUCUUUGUGAAAGGUGUUGCCCUUCCCAAACACAAUGUAUGGGCUGUUACCCCAAUGGAUGUGGCAUGCCAUAUGCCAUGGAUAUGUGAAGUAGUCUAUCUGCCAUGUCAGAAUGCUUUAAAAAGACUGAUGCUGUGACCAGCAGCUCUCUGGAUCCUAGAGAGGAGUACAACAUGGACCACAAGAGACGAGGCAUGGCACUCAUUUUUAAUCAGAAAAGAUUUGAUGAGGAACGUUUCAGUUACAGGACUGGAACCCAAGCUGACCGCAGAAACUUGGAGAAAAGCCUGAAGGAUCUAAACUUUGAAGUGAAAGUUUACGACGACUGCACAACAUCAGCUGUCCUAAAAAACAUCAGUGAAGCUGCCAAUGCUGACCAUUCAGAUGCAGACUGCUUUGUUCUCGUCUUCCUGAGUCAUGGAGAGAAAGAUCAUAUUUUUACCUAUGAUGACAAGAUCAGCAUUAAAGACAUCACAUCCCCAUUUAAAGAAGAGAAGUGCAAGAGCCUCAUAGGAAAACCAAAAAUCUUCAUAUUACAGGCAUGCCGUGGAGAGAUCGCUGAUGAUCCAGUGGUGACACCCUGUGGUGGAGAAAGUGAACCAGAGCUGGUGGCAGAAGAGUGUGCCAUAUACACCCUCCCUGCUGGAGCAGACUUCAUCAUGUGUUACUCUGUGGCUGAAGGUCACGUGUCCUUCAGGAAGGCUGACGGCUCCUGGUACAUCCAGGCUCUGUGUGAGAUGCUUCAAAAGCACGGCACCUCCCUUGAAUUCACAGAUUUACUCACACUGGUCAACAUGAUGGUGUCAAAGAGAAGUGCUAACAGUAGUGACAAGAAUAUCGCUGGGAAGAAACAGAUACCUUGCUUUGCCUCAAUGCUCACCAAGCAACUGAACUUCAAACCAAAAAAGUAA